AACUUAAUCUAGCACAAACCGGAAAUGAGCUGUGAAAGAAAGAUGGCUGCUGUGUAUGCAGUCUUGAUAAGUGUUAACCUGAUUUUUUCAAAUAUUCCAUUUUCACGAGCUUCAACACACUGGGUGGUGACAGAAGAUGGAAGGGUUCAGGCACAGAUGGAUUCUGUGUUCAACAUGAAGCGUCCAUAUGACCUUGUGGCGUUCAUGAAGCAGGAAGAUCGUGCGGCCAUGCUGGACGAGCUUAAACAGGAACUGCUCUCGAGGAAAGAUGAGAUUGACAGGACUGAAGACAGGGAUACAGGUCUUGAGGAGAAGUUUUACAAGACAGACGAGGACUGUCUGGCUGCGGGGAAGCAGCUGCCUGACCUUGACCUGUACAUCAGCACAGUUCUACCACUUGAAAACAAAGGCAUUAGACCAGAGGACUUUCUGCCAGUGUUCAUAUCUGGUUCAACCCUCAUGCAGCCAGACUGUACAAUGUACACAGACAUGCCGUAUAGUCCGUACGCGUUUGAACACCUUGAUGGAAUGAAGGAACGCAGAAAUCUGCCCGGUACAGCCGAACUCGGGCUCAAGAAUGCCAUCACAUAUCAGGAUAAUGUGGAUGAAUAUGGCCAUAGAAUUUUUGAGGCUUUUAAAAGUAACAAGACCUCGUGGGUGUUGUACAACAUGGCGGCCUUCUACUGGCGUAUCAAAGGGGACCCCUACAAUGUAAUAGAGUGUGUUAGGAGGGCACUCCACUACUCCCCCAGGCAUCAAAAAGAUGUGGCCCUUAUAAGUCUCGCAAAUGUGUUACAUCGAGCCCAGAAAUCCAACGAGGCAGCCAUUGUUGUUCAUGCAGCUCUUGAUGUCUCGAAAGAGCUCAAUGUGAAUCACUUCACACUUGGGAACAUCUAUGCAGUUUUGGGAGAGUACAACAAAUCUGUGAUAUGCUUUGAGAACACAUUGAAAAUCCAGCCUGACUUCGAGGCGGCAGCUAAACGCAAGCACGCGGUGUUGUGUCAUGCUAAACUGGAAGGUGCCCUUGAGGCCCAGCACAGAUCUCUACAAAGAACACUUAACGACCUCAAAGAUUACCAGAGGAAGCACGAUUUUUGGCAGCAACAGAAUGACAAGCUUUUGUCUGAACAAGUCCCGGUUGAUGUGAAGCUUGCUCAACAUGUGGCGUAUGAAGAGUUGAGGAUUCGGGAAAUAUCAUCGGAAAUAGAGAGUGAAGAUGGCCAGGAAAGGACAGGCGAGUAUUGUCGAAUGGGUGACAAGGAUGGCAAACAGGUUUUGAUGUGCUCCUGGGGCCGCAAAGCGGAGCCGGUCAUUAAAAUGGACCUAACAGAUAACACCAGUAAUGACCGCACGGAGGAGGUCAAAACAAAGGUGGUACCAGUGAAGUCAUCAUUGGAAGAUGAUUCCGACAAAGACUUCAGCAAGCCUGUACAUGGACAAAAAUAUUCAUACGAGACAGUCAAAGCACCAAGGGCACAGGGCGUUACCCCUGAGCAUCUUUUGGUCGGCUGGCCGGAGAAGGCUGAGUGCGACGACCUUGUCCAGAACAAGGUUCCAGACCCGAGGAAUCUUACAUCAACAUACCUGUGUCCUUCCAACAAGGGAUUUGAAGUAAAACUGUUGCUGACGGAGGCACUCGGCUUGAAAGAAGGUGAUGAGCACCCGUUACCAUGGUACCCACCUGUAUGUGUGACACUUCUCGACAUUCCGGAGGGGAACACUAAGUCCUACGAUCACGUGCACUCUGUCUCUCAGGAGCAGAGGAAAACAGUGCCGUUGAAGCUGGUGGAUUCCUUCCAUACUGAGUUAUUGUUGGGCCAUGCCAAUAACGGAAAAAUCACAAUUGAAGAAUUGGGACAACGCAUUCUCUCUGGACUCAAACAGAAUUCUGGGCCUAAAUGGAUCCUAUUUAAUCUAGCUGGCCUGUAUUGGAGGAUAAUUGGGAACAACUAUCACGCUAUUGAGUGCUUCCGCCGCUCAAUCUACACUUCUCCUAUCGAGGUUCAGGAUGUCUCCGAGGUGAAUUUGGCCAAUGUUCUCUACCGCUGGGGGCGUUAUGAAGAUGCAAGAGUUCUAGUGAUAGAAGCCUUAAGACGCAAUGAAUAUGAGCCUGCCUCCAACUUCCUCCUGGGUAAUAUUGAAUGGGCUUUGAAGAACUACAGUGGAGCUGUCUACCGCUAUGAACUCGCACUUGAGGCCGAACCGGAAUACACGGAUGUGACAAACACACUCCGAGCCCUGAAAUGCUUCCUGAAAUUUUACCAGGCUCAGCAAUCAGUCGCCCCAAAUGAGGUACUGUCUAGUUGCCAUUCCGGAGUGUCGAACGAUAUGCAGUCCGAAAGCCGCGUUGUCUGCAGAAACGAAAACGGGGAAGAAAAAUGCGUUCUCGAAACAAGAACCCGAAAAGCAGGGAAGCAGGUUUCUUCACCAUCGUCAUCGUCAUGUGGCUGUCAGACUUGCUGUAACCGUUGCUGUGGUAACGGUGGCAACUCCUGUCCCCAGCCUAAAGGGCCUGCAGGCUCUGAUCCUGCCUUACCAAACCUGUCCAUGGUGGAACACGACUCUGGUGAUGACAGUGACACAGAAGUGAAGGAUUUGAGAAUACAGGAGGUUCUUGAUGAGACAUGUGUAUCCGAGGAAUGUCAUAAUGUGAAAGUCCAGUGCUUGGUACCCAUACAAUCUCAGUCUAAUGGUCAGCCUCCACACAUCAAGCUGGAGCUAGUGAAAGGUCAGAUGUUUCAGAAGUUCAUAUUUGCGGAAUCUCCGGAUGAGCUUACAGUGCGGCCGGAGGAUUGUGUUAUAUUUAACGAUGGGACCAAGACUGAGGGCUGUAGUCGACCCGAGUUCAAAGCUUAUAUUGAAGAGCUAGCAGAGAUGGAGGAAGAUGAUGACUCACUCUCGCUGUACAUCAAUGGUCACCUGACCAAGAUCCUGCCCUUGGGGAGGGGCCAGGAGGUUGGGCCAGGAAAUGACCGCCUACAUAUACACAUGGGCAAACACAAGCUUGGUGGUGUUAAGUUUGUCACUGGAGGAAAGAAAACAAAGGAGUGGAGUAUGGACAGGAAGGCGCAGAAAGGAAAAGAGGGGGAAAAUAGUUGGAAGGAACAGGAUGGAAAGGAAGGAAUAAAUAGUCGACAAGACCAGGAUGUAAAGAAAGUGGGGAAUAGUCGAAAAGCACAGGAUGGAAAGGAAGGGGGGAAUAUUCAGCAAGACCAUGGAAAGGAAGUGGGGAAUAGUGGAAAUAAAAAGGAUGGAAAGGAAGGGGAUAAUAGUCAAAAAGAAAAGGAAGAAAAGGAAGGGGGUAAUAGUCGGCAAGACCAGGAUGGAAAGAAAGGGAAGAAAGGCCGGAAAUACCAAGAUGGUAAGGAAGUGAAGGAAACAUCAAAGGUGAAAGAAGGAAAGGUUAUUUCAAAGGAUGGUAAGGAUUUUCAAGCAUCUACUGGAAAAGCAGAUGGAGUAAAAGGCCCAGAGAGGUUGGAGCCGCCACCAUUCCAUGCCCAUGUAACAGUAGACAGUCCACCUAGCCAAGAGGUUCCAGAUGAAGAUGACAGAAAGAGAGAUGUUCUUCAGCUUCCAGAUUCUAUGGUUCCAGAUACCCAGAAAUACAUCAGAAAACGUCUCCACAUUGCUGUGCCCAAGACUGAUGAGUGCCAGAAACUGCCAAAGGUGGAUCUGAGAAAAUUUACAAGCACUUGGCUGUCCUUAUCAGUGAAAAAUGUCAGAUUAAGUCAGUUCCUGAACUUUGAAGAGAACAUUCGCAAGAAUGACUACAUGGAGCCUGAAUGUCGAUACGAUGUCCCUGUCAUGUCAGUGGCAGACCAUCUACCGGGUGUUCAGUAUAGGGAUGAACUCGACUAUAAGCCAGAGUUUGGGCUUAAAGGGGUUCUAGAGAAGAUAAGUGGCCGCUCUGAAUCCAUUGAAGUAAUUGGUACACGGAUUGCCAGGGGUCUGGCUAAGAAUGAGACUUCGUGGGUACUGGUGAACCUUGCAGCUCUCUACUGGCGUGUGAGAGGCGUGGCUAACAAAGCCUUGAAUUGUCUGCGUGUAGCAAUGUACACCUCGCCCAUACAAACAAAGGACAUGGCCUUGCUGAGUAUAGCCAACAUCUUACACAGAUCUGGCUAUGUGAAUGAUGCGAUUGUAGCAGCCAGCCAUGCUAUGGACCUAUCACCUAACCUUGUUGUGGGACAUUUUAACAUGGCAAAUCUGUAUGCAGCAAAGGAGCAAUGGGACGAUGCAGCCAUGUUCUAUGAAUCUACACUCGGCCUACAGUCAGAUUUUGAGCCAGCAAAACUUCGUCUCAAAUUAAUACACUGUAUGAAAGUUCUUAAAAAACGGAGUUAAGGUAGCAAACACAGAUGUUUGCCCAUUUUCACCAACAUCUUAAGAUAAAGUUGAAGACUCCGGCUCAGAAAAGUGAAUUUCAAAAUGUUACAAAAUUCAUAUGAAUAUCAUAUGUUACACAUAUAGCAAUUAUAGUAAUAAUAAGUUUUUAUGAAAUUAAGAUUUGAAGCAUAGUGAAUAUGCUCCCUGGACCAUUUAAAAACAGCUUGGCAGCUUUUUAUGCUUGUUUUGCUUGAAAAAAUCUUGAUAAUUAGUUUCCUUAGAACUACAAUAAUUUCCAUCACCUUUGAUCUCUUAUCGAAUAUACCAAACACCUCAAAUCUUCGGUGGCAAAAUUAACAAGAAAACCGUGACAGUAUUAAAAUACAUGAAUAGAGCAGAAUUUUGAAAACAAUUUUUGGUCAUUUUUUAUUUGAAUUGAUCUCAUUUCUGUAACACUUGGCUAAGGUUUUGUGAAAUAUGAUUUACCUAUGAUAUAUCUUAUAGAUGUGAUGUUGACUCAAUAUAUAUAUGUUUGCCAUUCUUCUGUUAAAGACAAAUAUUCCUGUUUUUACAAGGCACAAGGGCAGUCUCAAAGAUUAGCUGUAUUUCACUUAUACAAAUAUAUGAGGCCCUCAUUGUGAAUUUGUCCAAAAUAUUAUUUUAUAAACCAAUGGACAAUGAACUUCUUGUCAAUGACUUUGAAAUGAGUUAAUCUACAAAUAUAUGACCUAGCAAAGUGUUCCACAAUUAUGAUCAUGGAACUUGUGGGUCUACAGGGCUUCCAUUAAGAAUUUGAAACUGGAAGUAUGAACUUCCUGUCAAUCACUUUUGGAAGUUUUACACUGAAAUGUGGAAGUUUUAAAGUCUCCAUAAUACAAUAUCUUUUUCAACUAUUUUUCAACAAAUAUAUUUAAAAUCAAAUAGUUUGCACUUUAACUUGUAUAAUUGUAAUUCAUUUUACUUAAAAACACUUAAACUGAUUGAAUUAGGACUAUAAAAGUAAUAUUGGCAAAAGGUUUUGAUAUUUUGAACUUCCAAUCUUUCAACUUUGGAAGUUUUCUUCAAAAUUAUGGAAGUUUUUGUACAUCCAAUGAAUCAAUUUUGGAAGUUUUAACCCAUUUCUAGGGAGUAAUAUACUUCCAAACUUCCUUUAACAGAAGUCCUGGGUGCUAACAGUGAAAACUAUGUAUAAGCUUGUUUCAAAAGAAUACCCAAUCUCAGGGAUGUUUGUCAUUAAAAGAAGACAUAUUUUGUGCAAUUUGGGGAAGUGGUGCAUGUCUUACACUAGUCAAUUGCAAUAAUUGUUAUUAAUUUAUUUUUUGACAGAUUUUUUUUCUCAUUUGUAAAUGUAAUUAAGCCAGUUUCUUUGUUGACUGUUGAUAAAGGUUCACUAUUAAGUAUUAUUUUGUUAAUUGCUUAUCCAUUAGGGUAACUUGUUUUUGAAGCACAUGUAUUAUACAAGCACAAUUUAUCUUUCAAAAGACUCUUUCUGCAUUGUUACUCUUUCUGCAUUGUUAUACAUUUCCAAACUUACAUUGUUUGAAGUACAGGGUAAAUAUUUUAGAAAUCCAUAUAUUCAUUUAUCAUCUCAUUUUGUAAAAUCGAAAAAAAAAAUAUUGCCAUGAAACAACACUGUUAAGAUUUGGUGCAUGUUUUUCAAUAUUUGCAUUUUUGUGUAAAGUAUGUUUCCAUUUUGACUUAAUAAAAUUAU